AUGGCGUUAUUGGAAUGGGUGUGGAAAUCACCACUUUUGCAACACGUAAAUUCAGUGGUCGGAAUGGUAAUGAAAGAUUAUAAUGUAAUACAUCUCAAGUAUGAGGAUGAUGUUGCAGUAGCGGAUUGGCAUGGUCAUUACGGUUUUCGUGUUGGGUUCCCUUUCAUGUCGUCGGGAUAUCAAUUCUUGGCACAACAACAAAAUUCUUCAAAUAAUGAUCCGGGAAAUACCAAUUCAACGCUUUCGGUUUCAACAGUGAUGGAUCAUUUUCCCCCAUGGCUUUCUUUAUUCACGCUAAUAAUUAUUGUCAUCUUUUUUGCAAUUUGUUGCUUACAAACAUGUGUGUUGAAUAGAAGGAAGAAGAGUUCUACGAGACGUUUACAAUCGUUUAAGUGGAAAUAUUGGACUAGAUAUAUUUGUUGCUGUUGCUACGAUUCACAAUCACAGGUGAUUCCUUGGAAUAUACCUCUUCAAUUUUCGUUUCAGUUUUUAAUUGCCUUUUUUAUUGGAACUCUUCACAGAUUUUUCCUUCAAUACUUUUUUGAGUCGACCUAUGAAUAUACAUGCUUUCAUUUCUUGGACACUAUUGUUAACAAAAUGAGAAGAACAUGUCCCUUAAUUAACGUAGUCGAUGUUUCCACUGCUGUUGUUGUAAAAUCAACCUAUUUACUCUUACUCGUUUUUUGGCUUGAGCUCACGUUUAAUGCCUCUUAUUACUAUAAUCCACAAAUGUGUAAACGAUUCGAAAGAGUCACUCGAAGAAUUUAUUGGGCAUUUAUUGGAGUAUAUUUCUUUGGAGCUAGUAUUGGAUUUUUGGCCUUCACAAUUGCACGAUCCAAUAUUUCCUAUUUCUUAACCUCAAUUACCUUAAUAUUUGAUAUUUCCAUUCCAAUACUUUUCAUUAUAUUUGGAGGCGUACUAAGAAGACUCACGACACGCUCAAAAGUUUCAUUUCCUGUUCUCAUUCAAAAACAUUUGAAACGAGUCUCCAUCAUUAGUAUCAUUUUAGGAUGCUACUUGUUACUACUGCCAGCAGUAAGAAUUAGUGUCCUUGUUUUGAAGAAUGUGGUUUAUGCUUCCAAUGGUUAUAAUGCAGUCUCCUCCAUUGUUGAAGUGACUGUUUCCAUCUUGUUUUUUUUCCUUCCCUCAGUCGUGAUUUUUGGGAUUGUCAUUGCACCAACUAGUAUAAGUUUUCUUCAUAAUGCCAUCAACGAUAGAAAUGCAAGAGCUAGAGCUUACAAAACAAAAUGGAAAGAAUUGGAAACUAAGAAUAUUAACUCUCCAUCCAAGUUUUAUCAACAGGACCCUACUCUCUUUGACCAUCGUGAAUCAUUAGACCAUGGUCAUUAUUUGCAGUCUGGUGCUUUGAGUGUGUAUCAAGAGAUUUCACUUGAACAAGAUAUUCCAUCCAAUAAUCAACAACAGAAACGAUAUUGA